AAGACAACGCGGAGGUUUGUAUGGAGCCGCGCUGAAUGGCAUGAUAUAUUAUACUGGUAUAUUAUUGAGUUAUUCUGAAGUACUCAGAGCUGGUUUUUUUUAUUAUGGACGGUAUGGAGAACAUUCUGAGGAGGUUGUUUUCCUCUGAAGAGGAAGAACUUUACAUUUUGGACUGUCUUUCAUAUUUAAUGAUGCUCAUGGCUUUUGCGACAUUUUUAACUUUGCUCUUUGAGGACAGUCCGUAUGGCCGGUACACCUCCAGGAGAUAUGGCUUUCCAGUUAAUGUUAAAGUGGCGUGGUUUGUUCAGGAGCUACCUGCUUUUCUUCUACCUCUGAGUUUAAUAUUAUGGGCUUCACCCUUGAAGAUAACUCUCCUACCUAACCAGUUACUUCUUGGCAUGUACUUUUGCCACUAUGUCCAAAGGUCUCUCGUAUAUCCGUUUUUAAUCCGAGGUGGAAAGCCCACACCAUUCGCAUCAUUUGCUCUAGCUUUUGUCUUUUGCUUUUAUAAUGGAUAUCUACAAGUGAGAUACCUGAGCCAGUAUGCAGACUUCCCUCAGGGUUGGGUUUCACAUCCCUGCUUCAUCACAGGCUCUUGUCUUUGGCUUCUGGGAUGGAUAAUUAACCUUCAUUCUGACCACAUACUGAGGAACCUGCGCAGGCCAGGAGAAACGGGCUACAAGAUACCCAGAGGUGGAGUGUUUGAGUACGUUUCAGGGGCUAAUUUUCUGGGUGAGAUAGUAGAAUGGGCUGGAUUUGCUCUGGCUGCGCACUCAGUCCACAGUUUUGCCUUUGCUUUCUUCACCUUCAUCGUCCUUUCCAACCGAGCCAUCGCUCACCACAAGUGGUAUCUUGAGAAAUUUGAGGAUUACCCCAAAUCAAGAAAAGCUCUGAUUCCAUUUGUGUUCUGAAGAAUUAACAGAUAUUGGACUCGCAUACAAUGAAGAACAUCCAAACAUUGCAAUAUAUACAAUAAGGGUAUUUCUUUCUGUCCAAGGAUCCAAGCACGUCUCAAUGCAGAAUCCCCUCAGGCGUUGUCAGUUAGUCCACUGUAAAAUGUAAUUGUGCGGGAAUGAGUUAUGGAUACAUAAUUGAACCUCAAGGCGCGAGUUUUGCGUCUUGUCAUGCAAACCGAGACCAAAACAGGAGAGAUGAACUAGCCCAAAAAGCAAAUCUUCAAAGUUUUUAUAAUAGAUUACAAAUCCUUAAUUCAUUACAGAACAUAAAGUCCUUUUUUUAUUACCUCAUUUGGUUAAGUGAAAGCCUUAGCAUUUUCAUAUAUAAAAGAUAGAAGUCUAAGAUAAAUUAGAAAACUGUUAGUGGAAAAAAAGACUUAUUUUUUUUCUUGAACUCACACAGAGUUAGUAGAGAAGGUGAAAUAAAGUUUGUGUCUCAACCCUGAAAUGCUCCAGAUCUGUAAAGUCAUUACUUGUUGGCAGAAGAACAAUACUGCUAAAGAUCAUCCUGCUUUUCACAGGAAUAUUUCGACUGGAUCUGUCAAAAAGCAGUUCUUUAAAGUGCUAUCAUGAGAGCUGUAAUUAUGCUCUGUUAUAACACUUCAGCUCCAAAGAUUGUCUGUUACAAAACUGUCUGAGGUAAAGGCAGAAAGGUUAUACAAAACAAAGGUUUUCCAGUGCCAGGUCAACACAUUGCAGGUUGUGUUUCUGCCUGUCAGAGCCAGACUGCUGGGACAGGGCACAGUGAUUUAUGACUGGCCUUACCACUUCUUUCCACUAUUUAAUGAAUUCAGUGCCUAUGCCAGACUCCUGCUUGUGGCUACCCCUUGAUUCCUACUGCUGUUUUCACUAGUUACUGGAAUGCUCUAGCAGAUUCUUCCCUGAGUACAAUUGCUAUUCCACACUGACUGAGAGAUUUGACACCCUCAGCCAAAUCACCUAUGACUGGAGAAGGCCUCUUGGACCAAAUUGCCAACUAAGGACUAGCAGUCCAGGAAAGACAAGAGCCUCUUGCACAUGGGCCUUAUAUGACCUUAAGUGGAAGUAGUUCUGUUUACCUCAGUGGACCCAGUGUAUUUCUCAAUUCCUAUAAUCUGUACUGGCUUUGGGGAUUGCCAAGCAAUGGCAGUACUCUAAAGAUGUGUGUGCCAGCCUUUACCAUAGAUGGCAUCUCACUAGGUUUUCAUAGGAGUUUCUAGAAACUGCUUCCUUGCAAGUGAUAUACUAUACUGCCAAAAAUUUUGGGUCAUCUGCCUUUACAUGCACAUGAAUGUAAUAUGGAGUUGUCCUGCCAUUUUCAGCUAUAACAGUUUCAACUGUUCUGGAAAAGGCUUUCCACAAGGUUUAGGAGUGCGUUUAUGGGAAUUUUUGACCAUUCCUCUAGAAGCUCAUUUGUGAGGUCAGGCACUGAUGUUGGACAAGAAGGUCUGGCUCACAGUCUCCGCUCUAAUUCAUCCCAAAGGUGUUCUAUCAGGUUGAGGUCAGGACUCUGUGCAGGCCAGUCAAGUUUCUCCACACCAAACUCGCUCAUCCAUGUCUUUAUGGACCUUGCUUUGUACACUGGUGUGCAGUCAUGUUGGAACAGCAAGGGGUCAUCCCCAAACUUCCCACAAAGUUGGGAGCCUGAAAUUGUCCAAAAUGUCUUGGUAUGCUGAAGCAUUAAGAGUUCCUUUCACUGGAACUAAGGGGCCAAGCCUAACCCCUGAAAAACAACACCUGAAUUUAAUGAUUUACUUUUGGCAAUAUAGUGUAUUUUAAGUUAAAGGAGUUGAAGAGUAACAUACUUCGGCAGUAAGCUUGCCUUGAAUGCAUUGGUGGCCAGAUGACUUUGGAUUGAAUCCAGGUUUUCUGACCAAGGUUAUAUCAUCAAACUCAGUCUGUUGACCUUGAGUCCCUCAGUGAGCCUGCAGAGCAUUCCAUGCCAUACCAGGUAUGUGACUUACAGCAUGAUUUGGAUCAGAGGCAGCCAUCAGGUCACGUCAACAUCUUGGCAUCUAGACAUGCUGGUUGUCCAGCCCUUAUUAUAAAAUGUCAGACUUCUUGUCAUAGUCCUUGUUUGGAGGUGUGCCAGUGCUACCUUGCCAUCACAAUGCACUUUCUCCAGACUUUACUGAAAUAACAUCAGCCAUCUACAGCAGGCUUUUUUGGUCAGUAUUCCAAGACUAGACAUUUUUGUGUAUGCUGUUCAGGUGUUCCACACCAUGCCUUAUGGAUAGCAUGAGUAAGAUAUAUAUGAAUGUAACUGUGGUGCUAUAAAUGUUAAACAUUCUCCAGGAACCUCUAACUAAGUUACAGAGUACUAGGAAAUGAUUUAUGUUUGGUGGUUUAAUGGUUAUGGACCCACAUAGGAGGCAUUAUACUGGCUGAAAGUUAGUAAUUUGAAACAAUUAAAUGUUAAAGGAUGGGACAGUAACACGGGGCAUAAACAGAAUAAACAUGAAUGAGAUGAGAAAUACACAAACAGUGAUUUUGACAAAUCUUGUGAUGAAUGGGAAAUUACUUAUAAUUGAUUUAUUGAAUGAUUUUAAAGCUUGUAUAAAAUAAAACCAUCAUCUUAAUGGUGCCAUAGAGGAACUCUUUUCUGCAUCAUCGUAUAAAAGAAAUGGAUUGGCCUAUAUCCACCUGUCUGUUAUGCCAACACUGUCACGCUCAGGGAAGCUAUGAGGUGGAGAGGCAGGUAUAGGCAGGAUUUAAAGCUUAUUUCUGCUGCUGUGUUUAACUUAAUAUGCAUAACAUGAUGCAAACUGAAAAACCUUUAAACAAAACAAAGCCUGCUCAGGACUUGUCUGUUGGCUUUAGGGCUUUACCUCACACCCUGAUGUUUCCAGGAUAGGCUCUGGAUCCGCUGGUAAGCUGACCAGAAGCAGUUAUGAAAAAUUAAUUCAGUUGAGCAAGAGAGAUAUUAUGCAGAACAUUGGUUG